GAAAAAGAAUGCAGAGAUGAAUGUGCAAGUAUAAAGCAGACAUGCACACGCCCUAUGACAAUGAAAAAACGUUGGCUGGAGUGAGACGUUAAAUCACGGAGAAGAUAUGUGUUGCUGGUUAAUCUUGCUCAAGACUGAAUAGGAGGAUCUGUGUGAGAAAGAAGGAGAGCAGCUUCUAGUGAAAUCGUUUUCUUGCCUUUUGUUUUCCUGUCCAAACGAUAUGGAGGCAGCCAUUAAAACAGUGGUGACCACAUUUAUUAGUUCUGCCAGGGGGAAGGAGAACCUAGAUGGAAAAGCCUUCCAGAAACUGGUAAAUAAACAGCUUGGCGGCAUCAUGGAGGAUACAAACAGCUCCUCUGCCGUUAAGGAGAUGCAGAGGGGACUGGAUGAGAACAAUGAUGGAAAGGUCAGCUUCCAGGAAUACCUCACUCUGAUUGGCUACGUGGCCAGCUCCCUCAGUCAGAGCAAGACUGGAUCCAACACAGAUGCAUCAUAGAUGCUUGUGAAGAUGCAGUGUUUUGUGGAUCAACAGUUUAGUUUGAGCUUUUUAAGUAUCUUUUCUCAUUUCCAAAUGUUCCAAACAUCAUGUAGUCCAUCAUUUUCAUACAGUUAAUCAACCAGCUCUAUAAUGCCCUGAACUACAUCUUAAAUGUCUGUCCAGAUCAACCUUUUUUUCAGCCACACCAUAUUGAUUUCCACUGUCAAGGACACAUUGAAGGACUGUGAGCUUGGAGUGUCUUUUUUUUAUACCAAUUAUACAAAGGAUACUUACUGUAUUUUCAAAAUAAAAGCUUUAUAUAAUAAAACUA